CGACCGUCUCGCCCCUGUAACACCCUAUUUUUUGCCGCCUCCCGCCCCCGUUUUCCUCUCUGUCUCCCUUUCCCCCUCCUCUUUUGUUCUUCCCUUAAACAUAUUAAAAAAUAUAUAUUAAUUCUUUGCCCUACGCAUUUCUUUCUCUUCUACCCUGUCUAGGUAGUUAAUUUUUUUGUCGUUUCAGCUGGUUCUGUAACUUCAAGUGUCACUCUCUUCUGGCCGCUCAAUAUCACGCCACUAUACACAUAUUCAUAUUCAUCAUCGGCAUCAUCAACAUGAAGACCACAGUCUUUGUCACGCUUCUCUCUGCGGCUGCUUCGCUCGUCAGCGCCGGCAUUGUCGUCACGCCUGUUUUCUUUAACCAGAUCGUUGAGAAGCUCUCUGGCGAUUGUCCUUUUGGCGUAGUUACUCCUCAAGGUUGCGCUCCUCAGCGCGGUUAGAGACUGAGCUCUCUAGCCCGUGGUUGAUUCGAUUAUAGUGAUUUGGUUUGGCGUUUUCAGACAGUUCUAAGAACUCUUCUAUUUGGAUGUGUUAAAGGCUUGAGCAGAUAAGAAUUUCAUAAUAUUUAAGCGUGUCCUUCAACCUCCAAAGCGUCUCCAUCCUGCACGAGUAGGACUAAAGCUCGUUGAAUUCGAACUUGAACUGAACAUGUCACUUACUAGGUUUACAUAUUCUUUUCUACUGGCAUGUCUAAACCCUCAAUGCCAUGUUAAGAGUUUGCUUACUCGACGUCUUGAUCAAUUUUACGGAGUUAGUCUCCGACUGUCCGC